AUGGGGACAUUCCCUCCAUUGGAAGGGGAUGGUCCCAACAAUUUGCGGAAGGAGCCACAGUGGCUAAAAUUCAACGACGACUCCGUGUCCACCGUUGACAUCCAAAAGGAGCUUCCGGAGAUCUCGAAGCAGUGCUACGUCCUCUUCUACAGGAAGCGCGCCUUUUCGUCCUCGAACAUGAUCAAUUAUUUGUCGUUGUGA